AUUACCGCUCGGGUUGGAGCUCCGGUGUCUCUACGUCCCUCCAGCUUCAAAAUAGUUUUCUUACCCUCUCUCAUCUUUCCUUUUCCUGGUCCGGAAUAAGGAUCUGGAUGGAAGUAGGGUCAGAAAGAGAAGACCAAGGUUCUCCUGCAACAAGAGUCAGCUCAGCCUUCAUUAAAGAAAGCCGGGCUUCCACUUCUUCACCUGUAAUACAGGUGUCAGCAACAUCACCCCAAGUCAUUCAGUUCCAAGCCAAAUGUGAGUCUAGAAUGCAACUUAUCCAAGAAGAGGAGAUCUGCAAGUUACCAGGCAGACUCAGAAUUCACCCUUCACUAUGGAGUAAGGAGGAUGUGAUUCACUGGCUAAAAUGGGCUGAACAGGAAUACUCCCUCCCACGGACAAUGGAGCAGAAGUUUGAGAUGAAUGGGAAGGCCCUCUGCAUCCUGACCAAGAGCGACUUCAGAUACCGAGCUCCCAGUUCAGGUGAUGUCUUGUAUGAGCUGCUUCAGUAUAUUAAGACACAGAGGAGAGCCCUGGUCUGUGGACCCCUCUUCAGUGCUCCUUUCCUGCCUGUGGUUCCCUUCCAGCAGCCUCUCUGUCCUCUAGAAAAGGGGAACAGUCCCUUACAACUCACCUCUCAAAGGGUUUUGAAGACACCCCCCUGGAAGGAGAGGUCCAGCAACACUUCUGGUCAUCUGGAUCCUAUCUCCCUGCCAAGGACUUUCUUGAGAGAAGAGCCGCUUAAUCUCUCAGAUAUCAGCUCUGGGACAGAGGUCAUCUAUUCCUUUCACAGAGCAAAACAAGACCCUACUAAUGGAAAACUUGCAGACUGUCGUUUACUAUGGGACUAUGUGUAUCACCUGCUCUCUGACAGCAAAUAUGAAUCAUAUAUCAAGUGGGAAGACAAGGACUCCAAGGUCUUCCGGGUGGUCGAUCCAAAUGGACUUGCCAGGCUCUGGGGGAAUCAUAAGAACCGGGUGAACAUGACCUAUGAGAAGAUGUCAAGGGCUCUCCGGCAUUACUACAAAUUGAAUAUCAUCAAAAAGGAGCCAGGACAGAAACUUUUGUUCAGAUUCCUGAAAACUCCUGAUGAGAUUGUUCAGGACAAAGCCAGCAGGUUGGAGCAGCUGGAACAUCAGGAUCAGGAAGAAGUGGAUUUUAAGGAGGAAAUGUUAGAAGUCUCACCCUAAGGGACAAUGGACAGGCAGGGAUGUAUUUCUCUGAUCUAGAAGAGUAUUUUUUGCCUGGAGGAAGAGGAGGAGGAGGAAGAAAAAAAGGAGGAAAAGGAGAAGGAAGAAGAGAGAAAGAGGAGGAAGAGGGAAGAGAGAAGGAAGAAGAGGAAAAGAAGAAGAAGAGGGAAGAGAGAAGGAAGAAGAGGAAAAGAGGAGUAGGAAGAGAAAGAGGAGAAAAGGAGAAGAAAAAGGAGGAAGCCAAUCACUUGCCCUUCCCUCCAGACUUAGGAGAAGCCAGAGAUUCUGGAUGAAGGAUGCAGAUGGGGAAGGAGACGUGCUCUUCCCAGAAUUCACAUAUAGGACUCAAAUCUGAACUUGGAUCAAGGUCAACCCAAGGGCAAAGGAUGACAGAGGAGGACAAGCUGCAUGGUACCUUUACCCCUGUCAACUCUUCCUUUAAAUGUCCCUUUUGAUAGUUGUAAGAACUGAGUCCUGUUUCUUCGGACACUUUCUAACAAUAAUCUCAUGAUCACCAACUGCAAUCUCUCUUAUUUUGUUUAUUUUCCUAUUGUUUAUUCCUUCCUUCCUUCAACAAUCAUUUUUAUUAAGCAGAAUUUGUUCUUAGAUAAUGAGAUCAGUUAUGUGACAAUUUUGCCUUCAGGUUUAUAAGGUACUUUACUUCUGUUAUCUCAUUUGAUCCUCACAACAAUACUAGGAGAUAGUUGCUAUUAUUAUUCCCAUUUUCCAGAUAAGGAAAUUGAGGCUGAAUAAGGUUAAGGGCCUUGGUCAAAGGCAGGAUUUGAAUCCAGAUUUUCUAGACUCCAAAUCCAGCACUUUCUAUACCAUUUUGCCACUUGGUAUAAUUUAAUUUAACAAGUUAACUAUCUUUCUACUAGCCUCAGAAUCAGGAAGACAUGGCUUCAAACAGUGCCUCUGAUACGUACUAACUCAGACUGGGCAAGUAACUUGGCAUCUCUGAAACUUAGUUUUCUCAUUUGUAAAAUAAAAAAGAUUAGAUCCAGUGGUCUAUAAAGUCCCUUAGCUCUAAAUCUGUGAUUCUUUGAACACCUACUUGGAUGCAAGAUACUAUGCUAGGCACAGAAGGAACUAAGACAAAAUAAAAUGUUGUGUCCCUGCCCUCACGUUCUGUGGGACACAAUACUCCAACCAGGUCCUGCUUCAGAUAAAACGCUGGGUCUGUCAGAAAGACCCGAGUUCAGAUCCUGUUUAGACAUAUACUAGCUGUGUGACCCUGAGUAAGUCAUUUGACCUCAGUUUCCUCUUCUGUAAAAUGGGGAUAGUAAUAGCACAUAGCUCCCAGGGCUGUCAUUAGGAUGAAAUGAGAUAACUGUUGCAAAGCACUUAAUACAGUGCUUGGCACAUAGUAAGUGCCAUAUAAAUGUUAGCUGUCAUUAUUAUUAUAAUGGCUAAGAUAAUGUCCGUAGGAAGGCUGGUUAUUUAUACAAUAGGGAAAAAAAAACUUUUUGAGGUUCAAAUCCAGACUUUGUUACUUCCUGCCUCUGUGACCUCAGGGAAGCCAUUUGACUCCUCCAGACCAUGGUUUCCCCAAUUAGGGGAUAGGAGGAUUGGACUGUUGAUUCCUGAGCUCCCUCCCACCUCUAAAUCUGACACUUGCCAUGAUCAAGUUAGAAGUUUAGUAGGAGAUAAAAGAGACACACAAGGAAGUCACUAAGGUUCUUCUGAGAUCCCUUUCACCUCUGAGAGUUUGUGAUUGUGUGAAGAUGGAAAGAAUAGGAAGAAGGAAAAAGAAGAGGAGCAGCAGGAAAGAAGCCAGGUGUCAAGAUGGAAGGAAAGGGAAAGAGAAACGAGGGAAGGGGGAAAUUGGAAAGAAAAAAAAAAGAAACCAAAAAAAAAAAAAUGGACUGAGACUUAGAGGUCUCAUCAUCUAAAGGGAUGGGAAUGAGAAUGAUGAGAAAGAUCAUAUUUAAUAUAGAGAACUCAGUCAGUUAAGUAACAAUCAUAUGUGAAAAGUCUUGUGUUCCCACUAUGAAGAUACAUAGUUGAUAAGUAUUUAUCAAGCACUUACAAUGCAGAGGAUACUAUGCAAAGAAUUGACUCUCCAUGUUCCCAUUUAGGUUUUUUUUGGAAGAGACACUGGAAUAUUUGCCACUUCUUGCUCCAGCUCAUUUUACAGAUGAGGAAAUUGAGGCAAACAGGGUUAGUGACUUGCCCAGGGUCACAUAGUUAGGAAGGGUUUGAGACUAUUUUUGAACUAAGGAAAACAAGUCUUUCUGCCUCCAGGCCUGGUGUUCUAUCCAUUGAGCCAUCUGCCUGCCCUUACUAAGAACUGGGGACAUAAAGAAAGGCAAAAGACCCUGCCUGUUCUCAGAGACAAGAUGUGUCGGAUGUGGUCCAUCCCCUCUCACAAGCUCAUACUCUAGUAAGGGACACAUGGGAUACAUCCAGAAGAGAAGGUAACACCACGAAGUAUCUCAGACCAGAGCAUGGUUGGUGAAUGUUGUGGCAACUGGCUUCCCAUCUGUACUGGGUAUAUGAUAAACUUACUUCCUGUAUGACUCUGGGCAAAUCCCUUUCCCUUUUGGGGACCAUUUUUUUCAUCUGUAAAGGGUCUAGUUCUAAAUCUAUGAUCUUUCAGAUUCAAAGAAACUGACAAUAACUCACCUGUACUUAACACUAAGUUUUAUAAAAACACUUUCAUCACAAUGAUUCUCACA